AUGGGCCGUCAAGCAGGCAGCGACGAGAACAAACUUCGCGGCUACAAAGCAGCGGUCACCAAUUCCAGGGUCUCAGACGAGGCUCGCUCGCACGCCCAGCAAGAGAUCGAUCAAUUGUCUAGCUCGCAAGAUCCAAGUGACCGCCAUGAGGCCAACAUGAAGCGCGGACUCCAAGCUGCGAUGCAUAACUCACGCGUGACUGAGAAAGGCCGCAGCGCGGCACAGAGUAAGCUGGACGAGAUGAGCGGCCCGGCCGAGUAG